CGACAGCGACGACUCGUAGAGGCGCGUAUUGGUUGGCUCGGAGGGAGCAGGGCCCGUCCGUAUUAAUCCCUUUUGUUGGCCACGCUGUCGGCCUUGAUGGAAGAGAGACCCAUGGCGUGCACUUUCCGCUGGGUGCCGUACCGGUCCGACGCGCGCAUGGGUCUCAACCACCAGAUGUCCAGCCUCUCAUGCGCGAUGAACGAGGCGGCGGCGCUAGGAAGGAGUUUUGUGCUCCCGGCUGAAAUAUGCACCGCGGCGGGCCACAACAGCGGCGGCGCGUGCAUCCCCUUUGACGAGCUCUUCGACGUCGCGCUGCUGAGCAGCUUCGUGCCCGUCCGGCUCGCCAACGCGACGGGUGAUCCGGGUUCUGGUGUGACGCUGCGCGCCGGGUGCAACGCGGCGUGUGCGAGGGCCGAGUACCCCUGCUCUUCACACCCGAACCUGCAGCGGCGGCAGUCCGGCUUCUGGUACUCGGCCUGCCUGCGCAACACCGUCGACACGGAGCCGCUCGCCCGCAUCGCCCAGGCGCGGCUUGCGAUGCCAGCGCCCUACACGGGCGCCACGGCCCCGUCGCUCGCGCUGCUGCGCAGCGGCCUCUUCUACAGCGGUCCGAUCAAGGCGGCGGCGCGCGAGAUCCGGCGGCGCAUCGGCGGGCCGUACAGCGCGCUCCACCUGCGCCGCUCGGACAAGCUGGCCGAGUGCCACCCCGCGCCGCGGUGCGUCGCGCAGCGAAACGCGUCGACGCAGCCGCCGAGCGUGCUGCAGGCGAUGAGGCGCUUCGUGCCGCGAGGCGCCACGCUCUAUGUCGGCUCGACCGAGGCUG